AUGCUCCAAUUGCAUGAUGAGAUCAUGAACUUUAGGCAAUUAAAUGGGAAGCCCUUGUACGAGGUGUGGGCAAGGUUCAACAGAAAAAUCAUGCAUUAUCCCAACCACGAGGUCUCGGAGAAGAUGCUUCUCCAAAUCUUCUACUGGGCUCUUGAUCCACUCAAUAAAACCAUGGUAGACAAUGAAUCCGGGGGCUCUCUUAUGAAGUUGACUUAUCAUGAGGCUUCAAAUUUGCUUGCUGAAGUUACCAAGCAAAAUCGGGGGUGCCAUACCCUGGAUACUGAGGUACCAAAAGGGUCUCCUACUACCUUCGUUAUUAAUAAGGAACAAAGAAAUAAAGAUAAGGAGAGAGAGAAGAAUAUGGCAAAAAUAAUGACUCAAUUAGAUCUUUUGAUGAAACUUGUGAUGGUAGAACCCAUAAAAGCAGUAAAUGUCAUGGCAUCCAAGGCCUAUGAUGAUGAAGAGGCCAAGAAUCUUGAAGAGGAGAUUUGGUAUUUGGCCUAUUAUUUAGGGAGUUCCCGCCCUACCUAUAAAAGGCAAGAUGGGAACAAUGGUGGCUCCAUCAACCCCGAUAAAUACAAAAUCAAAGAUGUCUUGACAAGAAUUUUGAUGAAAGUGGAGGAAGUUGAGGGAGAAAAUGUGUGUGAAAAAGAGCCUAACGUUGAGCCAAUGAAUGUAAAGACAAAGGUUGUGGUUGAGUCAAAAGAAAGUCCCAUGACAUCUCAAAGUGAAGAAUAUGAAAAAGAAUCAGUGGAAAUGGUUGAAGAGUUGGUUAAGAAUGAUAAACUACAGGAUCAUGUAUUGCCCUCCAUGCAAGUCCCUCCUCUGUUUACAAAAAGGCUUAAGAGGAAAGAGGAGAAUGACAAGCUCAAGAAAUUCAUGACUAAGCUUAGCAACUUCUCUAUCAAUAUCCCACAACUUGAGUCUAUCCAAGAUAUUCUGGAGUAUGCUAAGCUUAUGAAAAAAUUGAUGUCGAAGAAGAAGCUUGUUGGAGGUGACCCCAUUGAAGUCACCCAUGGGUGUAGUGCAAUCAUGAGUAAUGAAAUGGCAAAAAAGAAAGAUCUUGGCUUGAACACCCACAUUCCAAUAUCGAUGAAGGUUUUGAUGGCAGAACGGUCCAUAAAAAAACUGGUUGGUGUUUCGUUCGAUGUAUUGGUGAAAGUGGAUAAAUUCAUACUUCUGGAAAAAUUUGUGGUUUUAGAUUGUGAUAUGGACCAAGAGGUGCCUAUUAUCAUUGGACGACCUUUUCUUGCUACCGAAAGGAUUAUUGUGGAUUUGGAGCUUGGGGAAAUGAGGUUUAGAGUACAUGAUGGUGAAAUGUCAUUCAGGGUGGUAGAAAUGGAUAAGCAACCCAUGGGGCUUAAGGUGGUGUCAGUGAUAGGUGUUGAGGAUGAGGAAGUAAAGAAUGGGUCUCUUGAGGCCCCAAUUUGA